CGCAAUAUCAUUCUUAAGAAGAGUCUUGUGCAAUACUGAAAGCUAUCUCACUCACUUCGAGACUCGCUAAUCAGGUGAUUAUACUCUGACCAUCGCUGGGCUUGACUCGCAUCAUUAUGCGCAACUGCUUGAAGCGAUGUACCAUCGCUAUCAGUGGCGAGUUUGGCCCCGGUCGAUCAAACGAAAAUAUUAAGCGUUGGAUAAAGAAUAAUGGGGGAACACUUGCCAGUGGCAUCACAGAGGACGUAACUCAUGUUGUGUGCUCAGAGAUGCACUAUAAGCGGAAGACUGGGAUAGUUCAAAAAGCUCAAGUUUCGAAGAAGAUUAAGAUUGUCUCAUUCGACUGGCUUGAAGAUACCUUACGGCGCCGGUCACCGCGCAGGGAAGGUCCUUAUUUGUGGAAGAACUUGCUGGUAACAAAUGAUAAAAGCAAGAAUAGAGCGACCAAAAGUGAAACCGCGAAAACCGUCAAGAAAACAGUAAGAGAGAAAGCAGCAUCAUUUGCAAAGGGUUGUGAUGAUUCCAUUGAUAGCCUCUUGGCCGAUAUUUUUCUUCUCAGCGCUAAUGGCACGGGAACGGGUGGUCCAGAGAACUACCACCUAUACCAAGACGAGACCGGCCUCGUGUACGACGUUACGCUUCUCCGAACGGAUGAUGAGCGCAAGAUAAAUGAGCGAUAUCAUCUAAAACUCUUUGAGUCUCAUUUCUUUCCAUCUUGCUAUGCCACCGCCGCAAAGUAUUAUCGAAAUAGCAUAUCAACAGCAAUCGUUCUAGCACCUGUUGCGUCCACUUUCGAAACAGCCUUCGAAAAGUUCCAAAGCUUCUUCAGGGGCAAGACUGGGAAAGCGUGGGAGGACCGCUUCAGUGAGGACCAAACCUCUGCAACUCGCACCAAAGUGUCGGACCCUGAAGGGAGGUUCCUGCAAGGGCUUAUUCAGGAGAUUGAAACAAGUUGCCAACCAUUUCUCUACGUCGCCCCGUCCAAUGAUUCGGCACGUAGCAUCAUACAAAAUGCUCCUAUCGUCAACGGUCAGUACAUGAGCGAGAGUGAGAUUCCGCUUGCCGUUUACGGAAACACAGAAAAACAGGCUAUGGAGAGAGUCUGGGAUAAGGAAUCUUUGAGGAUUCUUCUGGACGAAAAGCAACCGAGAAGUUGAUAUUGAUUCUGGGAUAACAAAAAUUCGCAUUUGCUUUCCCUCUGGACG